UCUUGCAAAUAAUGAUAUGUGAGUGAGAAAAAAAAAUCAGUCAGUGAAUAUCAGAAGAUUCAGAAGAACAUUCAGAAGUGAAGGCGCAUUGCAGGUCACGAAGUGGACCCAUUCGGCUGAAGUUGAAGGGCCUUCUUGCACAGCUGAAAUGCCGCGGCGCAGGCGUGAGCGAUCUAUCAGCCCAGAAAAUGAUCAGGGCGCCACUCAAGCAAGCAAUAGCACUGCCAGCCAGAUCAGAGAUAUUGACGACAUGGACCCUGUGGCGCGCAAGGAACUGCGGAAGAUACUCUGUGUAGGACCCCAGUGGGAAAACCCCCUUCUGUGGCAGGACUCUGACUUCAUGGUGCGUGCGAAGCAGCUUCUGCCGAUCCAUGUCAGGGUCUUCCACUUUCCUGAGGAAGUCAUCGCCCUCGCGCCUCAGUGGACAUCUGCUGUGGGGACUGGAGCAAAUGCAAAGGAUGCACUGGAGGAGCUGCAGGAGAUGCUGCAGGCCUUGAAGGAAGAUGCGCUGGAAGAUGCAGAAAACAUGUUGUUCACGCUGCGGCGCAUUCCACUCCAGUCCAGCCAGCAGAUCGCAGAGCAGUGGUGCAAAUUUAAUGCAGAGUGGUUUGCCGACCUUGAGCGCGAGUGCACGAAAAACACGUGGCAUGUGAUCAGAAUCUGAACAACGGUACUGUACAAGAUGCCUCUCUGCCACGUCCCAGAAGAUGCUUUAAAUGAUUUGGAGCUUUUGUAGCAUAAUCCUCUGCAAUAUGCAAGCUGCUGAGAUUGCAAGGCCUUGCCAUUGUCUGAAAAGGUGCUUGCACUGCUGUGCCCAAGCAUGGCUGAGCAGCUUCACCAAGUCAGUUCUAGCUGUGUUGGCUUUGAGGGCUGCAGCUACUGUAGAAUGCCAAUGUCCAAGACAAGAACAAACCCAUGAUCCAUGCGCUGAUGUGGCAGCGGAGGGUGCUUAAACUGAAAAGCCAGAACAGUGAAGAAAGGACGGCCGGCAUGCGCUUUGUGCUCAUGCAGAAAUAGGGUCUGCUACACUGGGAAUGGCUUUCCAUCAUGCAAUAAUCUGGGCGCUUGGCCCGUGAGGUUUCCAGUUGUAGGCUGUAGAUGGUGCAUGCUUAAUGUCUGGCAGCAGUGCUCAUCGGCUGAGGCGCUUUUAUUUGUCGCUGUAAUUGUGUGUAUAUGGAU